CACCUGACUGGAAUACUAUAGUCAUAACUGUAGUUGGCUAUAUAAGAGCAUCUCAAACAGCUCUGCAUCACCCACAGGUGGUUACAUCUCAGUCCUCACCACAUACACUGACAUCGAGGCAGUCAAGAUGAAGUUGCUGCUAGUUGCCGCUGCUGUUCUGGCUGUAGCCAGCUGUGCCAGCAUCUCUCUGGAAGAUCUGGAGUUUCACGCCUGGAAACUGAAGUUUGAAAAAUCCUACCACUCUCCAUCAGAGGAGACUCAACGGAAGCAGAUCUGGCUCAACAACCGCAAACUUGUGCUGGUGCACAACAUCUUGGCAGACCAGGGUUUGAAGUCCUACCGCCUUGGGAUGACCUAUUUCUCUGACCUGGAACAUGAAGAGUACAAACAGCUGAUUUCCCAGGGCUGCCUCGGCUCCUUUAAUGCGUCUCUGCCUCGCCGUGGCUCUACCUUCUUCCGGCUGCCUGCAGGUACUGACCUGCCCGACACUAUUGACUGGAGGGAUAAGGGAUACGUCACUGAUGUCAAGGAUCAGAAGAUGUGUGGCUCCUGCUGGGCUUUCAGUGCAACUGGCUCACUGGAGGGUCAGAACUUCAGGAAGACAGGAAAGCUGGUGUCUCUGAGUGAGCAGCAGCUGGUCGACUGCUCUGGAGACUUUGGCAAUGAGGGCUGCGGUGGAGGCUGGAUGGACUCUGCCUUCCAGUACAUCGAAGCCAAUGGAGGGAUUGACACUGAGGACUCCUACCCCUAUGAGGCUGAAGAUGGACAGUGCCGUUAUAACCCUGAUAAUAUUGGAGCCAAAUGCACCGGCUAUGUUGAUGUGAAUAAAGGUGAUGAAGAUGCCCUGAAGGAGGCUGUAGCCACCAUUGGACCAGUAUCUGUGGCCAUUGAUGCUUCAAGUCCAUCUUUCCAAUUCUACGAUUCAGGAGUGUAUGACGAGCCGGGGUGCAGCAGCACAUUCUUGGACCAUGGCGUGCUGGCUGUGGGUUAUGGUACUGAGAACGGGCAGGACUACUGGCUGGUCAAGAACAGCUGGGGUCUUGACUGGGGAGACAAGGGAUACAUUAAGAUGACCAGGAACAAAUCCAACCAGUGUGGGAUUGCUACUGCAGCGAGUUACCCUCUGGUCUCUGGAUAUAUCCCCGUUUUUGCAACAGACACAGACACUGAGACAGUCAAGAUGAAGUUGCUGCUAGCUGCUGCUGCUGUUCUGGCUGUAGCCAGCUGUGCCAGCAUCUCUCUGGAAGAUCUGGAGUUUCACGCCUGGAAACUCAAGUUUGCAAAAUCCUACCACUCUCCAUCAGAGGAGACUCACCGGAAACAGAUCUGGCUCAACAACCGCAAACACGUGCUAAUGCACAACAUGUUGGCAGACCAGGGUUUGAAAUCAUACCGCCUCGGUAUGACGCACUUUUCUGACAUGGAACAUGAAGAGUACAAACAGCUGAUUUCCCAGGGCUGUCUCGGCUCCUUCAAUGCUUCUCUGCCUCACCGUGGUUCUGCCUUCCUUCGGCUACCUGAAGGCAUUGAUCUGCCCGACACUGUUGACUGGAGGAAAGAGGGAUACGUCACUGAUGUCAAGUAUCAGGCGCAAUGUGGUUCCUGCUGGGCCUUCAGUGCAACUGGUGCACUGGAGGGUCAGAACUUCAGGAAGACAGGAAAGCUGGUGUCUCUGAGUGAGCAGCAGCUGGUCGACUGCUCUGGUAGCUUUGGCAAUGAGGGCUGCAAUGGAGGCUGGAAGGACCGGGCCUUCCAAUACAUCCAAGCCAAUGGAGGGAUUGACACUGAGGACUCCUACCCCUAUGAGGCUGAAGAUGGACAGUGCCGUUACAACCCUGGUAAUAUUGGUGCCAAAUGCACCGGCUAUGUUGAUGUGAAUAAAGGUGAUGAAGAUGCCCUGAAGGAGGCUGUAGCCACCAUUGGACCAGUAUCUGUGGCCAUUGAUGCUUCACGUCCAUCUUUCCAACUCUACAAUUCAGGAAUAUAUGAUGAGCCUGCAUGCAGCAGCACAUCCUUGACACAUGCUAUGCUGGUUGUGGGUUAUGGUACUGAGAAUGGACAGGACUACUGGCUGGUCAAGAACAGCUUUGGUCUUGGAUGGGGAGAGAACGGAUACAUUAGGAUGAGCAGGAACAAAUCCAACCAAUGUGGGAUUGCUACUAGAGCAAGCUACCCUCUGGACACCUACAGUGUACUGGCUGCCUUCAUAUCAGAUUUGUACGCAGAACCUAUUUCACCCACAGCUGGAUAUAUCCCCGUUUUUGCAACAGACACAGACACCGAGACAGUCAAGAUGAAGUUGCUGCUAGCUGCUGCUGCUGUUCUGGCUGUAGCCAGCUGUGCCAGCAUCUCUCUGGAAGAUCUGGAGUUUCACGCCUGGAAACUCAAGUUUGCAAAAUCCUACCACUCUCCAUCAGAGGAGACUCACCGGAAACAAAUCUGGCUCAACAACCGCAAACUUGUGCUAAUGCACAACAUGUUGGCAGACCAGGGUUUGAAAUCAUAUCGCCUCGGUAUGACGCACUUUUCUGACAUGGAACAUGAAGAGUACAAACAGCUGAUUUCCCAGGGCUGUCUCGGCUCCUUCAAUGCUUCUCUGCCUCGCCGUGGUUCUGCCUUCCUUCGGCUACCUGAAGGCAUUGAUCUGCCCGACACUGUUGACUGGAGGAAAGAGGGAUACGUCACUGAUGUCAAGUAUCAGGCGCAAUGUGGUUCCUGCUGGGCCUUCAGUGCAACUGGUGCACUGGAGGGUCAGAACUUCAGGAAGACAGGAAAGCUGGUGUCUCUGAGUGAGCAGCAGCUGGUCGACUGCUCUGGUAGCUUUGGCAAUGAGGGCUGCAAUGGAGGCUGGAUGGACCAGGCCUUCCAAUACAUCCAAGCCAAUGGAGGGAUUGACACUGAGGACUCCUACCCCUAUGAGGCUGAAGAUGGACAGUGCCGCUACAACCCUGGUAAUAUUGGUGCCAAAUGCACCGGCUAUGUUGAUGUGAAUCACGGUGAUGAAGAUGCACUGAAGGAGGCUGUGGCCACUAUUGGACCAGUAUCUGUGGCCAUUGAUGCUUUCAGUCCAUCUUUCAUAUACUACCAAUCAGGAAUAUAUGAUGAGCCUGCAUGCAGCAGUACAUUCUUGACCCAUGGUGUGCUUGCUGUGGGUUAUGGUACUGAGAAUGGACAGGACUACUGGCUGGUCAAGAACAGCUUUGGUCUUGGAUGGGGAGAGAACGGAUACAUUAGGAUGAGCAGGAACAAAUCCAACCAGUGUGGGAUUGCUACUAAAGCAAGCUACCCUCUGGGCAAAGUGAUUGUCAAGCAGCUAUGGGACAAGCAGAGGGAGUGGGAUGACCCUGCACUCCCUUCUUCAAGCAUGGAAGACUCCAACCACCAGAACACUAGACUCCUCAUAAAGACUCCCUGCUUGGUCAUCCUGGACUGGAGAGAGUAUUUGCAGAACUCCGCUGAAAGACCUAUUUCACCCACAGGUGAUUAUAUCUCAGUUUUUGCAACAGACACGGACACUAAGACAGUCAAGAUGAAGUUGCUGCUAGUUGCCGCUGCUGUUCUGGCUGUAGCCAGUUGUGCCAGCAUCUCUCUGGAAGAUCUGGAGUUUCACGUCUGGAAGCUGAAGUUUGAAAAAUCCUACCACUCUCCAUCAGAGGAGACUCACCGGAAACAGAUCUGGCUCAGCAACCGCAAACUUGUGCUAAUGCACAACAUCUUGGCAGACCAGGGUUUGAAAUCGUACCGCCUCGGUAUGACAUACUUUUCUGACAUGGAACAUGAAGAAUACAAACAGCUGAUUUCCCAGGGCUGCCUUGGCUCUUUCAACGCUUCUCUGCCUCGCCGUGGUUCUGCCUUCUUGCGGCUACCUGAAGGUAUUGAUCUGCCCGACACUGUCGACUGGAGGAAUGAAGGAUACGUCACUGAAGUCAUGAAUCAGUUGCAGUGUGGUUCCUGCUGGGCCUUCAGUGCAACUGGUGCACUGGAGGGUCAGAACUUCAGGAAGACAGGAAAGCUGGUGUCUCUGAGUAAGCAGCAGUUGGUUGACUGCUCUAGAAACUAUGGCAAUGAGGGCUGCAAUGGAGGCUGGAUGGAUUCUGCUUUCCAGUACAUCCAAGCCAAUGGAGGGAUUGACACUGAGGGGUCCUACCCUUAUGAGGCCCAGGAUGGACAGUGCCGCUACAACCCUGGUAAUAUUGGUGCCAAAUGCACUGGCUACGUUGAUGUGAAUCAAGCUGAUGAAGAUGCCCUGAAGGAGGCUGUGGCCACUGUUGGACCAGUAUCUGUGGCCAUUGAUGCGUCAAUUUCAUCCUUCAUAUUUUACGAAUCAGGAGUGUUUGAUGAACCCGAGUGCAGCAGCACAGACUUGGACCAUGCUGUGCUUGCUGUGGGUUAUGGUACUGAGAAUGGACAGGACUACUGGCUGGUCAAGAACAGCUGGGGUCUUGAAUGGGGAGAGAAUGGAUACAUUAAGAUGAGCAGGAACAAAUCCAACCAGUGUGGGAUUGCUAGUGCAGCAAGCUACCCUCUGGUCUGAAGAGGUGGAAAGAAACUCAUCCUUAUUUUUUCCUGGGUUGGUGUUUAAUGGAAUAACUUUAUAAAGAUUUUUAUAUCUUUUUAGAUUUUAUAAAAAUAUAUAUGUAAAAGAAAAUCACACUAAUAUGUAAAAAAUGUACUUGUAUGUGUUUCAUUGUGUUGUUCAUGUGUGGCUUAAUAACCAUGCAGUGGUUUUUAGCUUUAGAAACUGUAGUCUGUUGAUCAAUCCACUGUUAUUCAGACAGAGAUAAUGAACAUCUGUGGGAUGCAUUUUUAGUUUUCUGCAGACUUUUGUGUUCCCUAAAGAAAAAAUCCGACUGGUGAUCAAGCCCUGUAGAACUUCCAUGGAAUGUUUCAGGAGUUAUCAGAAAAUUUGAAAUGAAAUGAUGCAGUAGCGUGUGAAAAGGCCGAGUAAUGCACUUUCAUCCAUUUGCUUCUGCAACAAAAGUUAGCUCAAGUCAAAGGUCAGUCAUGACAUUGGAUAGCUUGCCAAUGCUGUUUCUGCCAUCAGGUCAACAUUAAUUUGUAUUUAAUAUUUUCAUUUAAUUAAAAUCAGCAAACCAUUUCAGAGUGUAGAUUCUAAACACAAAUAAAUUGUUAUUAAUUCCUGUUACA